AAAAAAAAAAACCACACACACACGAAAGCCGCCUACUUCAGAACCACGCCAGCAGCCCAACAUCCGAUAUAUCUUGAUUCUCAAAGCCCAAAAGCUGUAUUCGGUGCCAUAUAUACCUGCUGUAUUUUUUUCCUAGACUGAAAACCCUUUGUUCUGAGAUUCUGAGGGCAGUUGAAAUUUGGUGUCCCUGUUUUUUUGACCCCCCUGCCCCUCUGUUAUAAAGAGACUAUAUGUGUUAGCGCUGGACUUCAGACCAGCCCAUCACCACACCAAGGACACAAAGUUUGAAACGGUUCGAACCCAUCGACGAGCAUCUCGCAGCAGUUCUCAGCUGCCUAACUUUAGACACGGCGCAGCCCCGCGUAUCCUAAAAACCCACUAUAGCCCUCGAGGUUACUCCAAGAUGGACGCAGCCCCGCUUGUUUCUGCGAUACGACCGGAUGAACCCUUGGACAAAUCGCACAAGCUUCCGGAUGUUAAGCUAGAUGGACUUUGGGGCAACUGACUAGCAAGAAGCAUGGGGCUUCUGAUAACGUCAAAUAGACUCCCAGGGCAUCCGUUUUAUCCCCCUUGAUCGCCAACGAUGCCUCCUCAAUUUGAUCCUCUACCCAUUAUAUCCUCACAACUGCCGUGUCCCUAGAUCAGUUCAUGAUACUACAACCGCAAGCAUGACCAACAAUCGUUUUCUGAUCUGGGGAGGUGAGGGCUGGGUUGCUGGCCAUCUCGCCUCCAUCCUGAAGUCCCAGGGCAAGGAUGUAUACACAACCACGGUGCGCAUGGAGAAUCGCGAGGGGGUGUUGGCCGAGUUGGAAAAGGUCAAGCCGACCCACGUCCUCAACUGUGCUGGAUGCACCGGGAGGCCCAACGUCGACUGGUGCGAGGACAACAAGGAGGCCACAAUGCGCUCAAAUGUCAUUGGCACGCUGAACCUCACCGACGCCUGCUUCCAGAAGGGCAUCCACUGCACCGUUUUCGCGACCGGAUGCAUCUACCAGUAUGACGAUGCGCACCCUUGGGAUGGGCCAGGGUUCCUCGAGACGGACAAGGCCAAUUUUGCUGGGAGCUUCUACUCGGAGACCAAGGCCCAUGUAGAGGAGGUCAUGAAGUACUACAACAACUGCUUGAUCCUCCGUCUCCGAAUGCCCGUCAGCGACGAUUUGCACCCGCGCAACUUUGUUACCAAGAUUGCUAAGUACGACCGCGUCGUCGACAUACCAAACAGCAACACAAUCCUGCACGACCUACUCCCGCUCUCACUCGCCAUGGCUGAGCACAAAGAUACCGGGGUUUACAACUUUACCAACCCGGGCGCCAUCUCACACAAUGAGGUCCUCACCCUUUUUAGGGACAUUGUGAGGCCUAGCUUCAAGUGGCAAAACUUUAGCCUUGAGGAACAGGCCAAGGUGAUCAAGGCGGGCAGGAGCAAUUGCAAGCUGGACACGACCAAAUUGACCGAGAAGGCCAAGGAGUACGGCAUCGAGGUUCCGGAGAUCCACGAGGCGUACAGGCAGUGCUUUGAGAGGAUGAAGAAGGCCGGAGUACAGUAGUAGACCACGUUUAAUAGCGAAGAAGACGUGGUGAUUGCAUUAUUGCUGUUCGCGCAUUUCAUAUUUGUUCGAUAGACGAAACUGGCACCUUGAUGAGCAAUAGCUUGGAAUAGAAAGCGCAUUUUCCGUCCAGUUGUGAGAUUGAUAUUUAUUGGCUUGGCGUACGUCACGUC